AUGAACUGCAGCGAGGUGCGGCGGCUGCAGGCGCUGCUGGGGUCGUUGCUGCGGGAGCUGCGCCGCGGCACCAACGGGAGUGCGGUGGCCGGCCAGGGGCCGGGGGGAGAUGCCUCGCUGUACAUCCUGCUCAUCAUGGUCUUCUACGGCUGCCUGGCCGGGGCGCUCAUCCUGGCCUACACCCGCUCGCGGAAGCUGGAGUCCAAGCACGACCCCUACCACCUGUAUAUCGAGCGCGACUGGGGCCGCGGUGGCCCCGGGCAGCCGGCCGAGGAGGGCGGCCCCGCCGAGGAGCAGCGGCUGAUGUGA